AUGGGUACCUACAACGAGAAAAUUGAUAUUCUAUUACACGAUGAUAUCUUCACAAAUACUUUAAAUUUGGUUUCAACAUCAUCAACUGAUGAUGAUGAGCAUAUACGUUCAAUUGAUGAUCGAAUACUUGAUCGUCUUUGUAUUAAUAUAUUACCUAAUAUACAUCAUAAUGUCAAACAUCUUCUUUUCGAAUCAAUGUCUAUGGAGCGUAUUCUUCUUGCUGGCAACUAUCCAAAUUUAACUUCUAUGAAAUUAUUUAAUUUUACACAACAUAUUGCUUUAAAUUAUUUUACAGAUGAAUCAAUCUUUCAAUAUAUUUUUAAAUAUCAAAUAAAAGAACUUAUUCUUGAAAAUAAUGAUUAUUAUAAUUGCAUAGAACAAACAAUAGUAUUAAAAGAAUAUACUAAAAAUGUUUAUUUAUCAAUAAUGAAUUUAUUCAAAAAUCUUAAAUCUUUAACUAUUAUUUCAUCAUCCAAAAUCAAUUAUCCACCAUUGUCCAUUCAUGAUUUACCAUCAACUACUUUUUUUUCUUCGAUUCUUACAAAUUUAUGUAUCAAUGUAAAUAUUUUAGAUGAUUGUCUUUAUUUACUUGAUGGUCGUCUUAAACAAUUAAUUACAUUUAUUGUACAAAUUGAUUGUAUACAUAAUGAUUCAUCAAUUGUUCACAAUACCAAUGAUCUAUCAAAUUUGAAAUGUUUCUCAUUAACAUGUUUUAGUCUAACUAAUGCAUAUGAUAAUCAAUUAAUACCUUUACUUCGUCGUAUGACUUAUUUGGAAAAAUUAACUUUAUAUAUUCGUCUUGUAGAUCGAUCUACAUUUGUUGAUGGUACUCAUCUAUAUAAUGAAAUUCUCAUGCAUAUGUCUCAACUUCAUAAAUUUAAUUUCUAUAUUAGUACUAAAAUUCCAAUUGAUGAUUCAGUUCAUCAUUUAUCAGAUGAUAAUAUGCAACAAACAUUUAAUAAUAUAGGUUAUUAUCAAACAUCUUGUAUUGUUGAUUAUUAUUCUUCAUCAAAUGCAAUAUGUCAUGUUUUUUCACUUCCAUUUAUAUUUAAUCGUCUUGAAAUGAUCACCAAUAAGUUUCCAUCUUUAAUAUUUUCUCAUGUUACUUAUUUGCAAGUAGUUGAUGCAAUUCAAUUCAAUUAUAGUUUUUUCAUUCGAGUUUCUAAAGCUUUUACAUUGUUGAAAUAUUUUACUAUUAUUAAUAUGAUGUCACCAUUAUGGAAUUUUGAAGAAUAUGAAGCUGAUUAUAUUCAAUCAAAUUCAAUUAUUAGAUUUCCUCAUCUUAUUUCACUUAAUAUGAAUAAUUUAGAUAAAUAUUAUAUUGAACAGUUUUUACUUGAUACAAAAACUCAUGUACCACGUUUAACCGAAUUGAAACUAUCUUAUAGAAAUUUGAAAAAUGUAACAAAGAAUUUUACAAGAAAUGCAACACGAAACAACUGUGCUAAUAUAAAACGAAUAAACUUUUGCGACAAACGUGAUUAUCCAAAUAAACUCUAUGUCUAUUUUCCUUCCUUAGAGAUUGUUUCUUUUUCUAUUAUUUGA